UCCUGAUUCUUUUACCCACCUCCAAAAUGAGGACUGAAAGUUGCUGAGUGAUUAAAAGGAAAAUACAAAUAGAUCAAGAAAAUAUAGUUAAAUCCAGUAAUGAAACAACCAUACAUAGUUUCUUCUAUGGAUGGCAAGUGACCUAUCAUGAUCUUUCCAAGUGUCAUGCAUGAAAAAAUUAAUUAGAUCUCGAUCAAUAUAACGUUCUUGAUGAUUUAUUAUAGUUUGUUCAUAUGGCUAAAAGUUGGAUGUUGACACUUAGACUUGUGCGUGUUGAUGAAGCAAAGAGUGCUAGUGUAAUUAACUAUGCUACUUUCUCCACCCCAAACUACGUGCGAACCCAAGAUUGGUGUGAAAUAAUGGCCAUUUUAAUGGUCAUAGAAAUGAUUGGCCACUAUUUAAUUGUCAUUUCCAUCCUAGUGGCCUGCCUAGAGAAAGAGUGAUGGACAUGCAAUAUCUAACAUUUUCAUUAUUCAUUUAAAUAAAAGAUAUUCUAGAUGCACAGUGGCAUUUGGCUUGAGCAAAACUACCAUCAUUCUUUCAUUAUUGCUGUCUAUUUUCAAAAUUAAAAAAAAUCACCGUAGAAGUCAGUAUAUUAUUGACAAACCAAGGACCCAAAUUUGGCAUAUAAUGCAUGGCCAUAAUUCUACUUUAACAGUUAAUAACAGUUUAGUGUAGGUCCAUAAUUUGAGGAUUAACUCUCAUGACUUGUGCUUCUCCAUUUUUCAUGCACUCCCAUGCACCGUUAUUCCCUCCGCACCACAAAUUUUUGUGGUUAAGAAACUGGAGACUAAACCAAAUCAAACUUACUCUCUAUCGUCCAAAACCACCUUUCUAUCAUACCACCUCCAACUCCAAACCACCUGAAACAAUUCUUUAUACAAGUUUGAGAAACAUCUUUUCUUCUCUUGGACCAAAAGAAGAACAAAAAUCUUCCAAAAAGUUUAUGACAUUACUGUGACGAUGACAACCUUCCUCCUCUUUCUUUGCCUCUCCAUUGCCAUCAUCCAACCAACCGCCGCCUCCGAUGCCAUCAACAGCACCAGCCACCUCGAUGAAGCCUGCAGGAAGACCUUCGAUUCCGACCUAUGCAUCAAGGCCCUCUCAGUCUAUCCCGAGAGCCAAACCUUCGACCUCCAUGGCCUCGCCGGCCUUGCCAUCAGGGCAACCGCCUCCGCCGCCGCCAACACCUCCUCCUACGUCUCGAAACUCCUCGACGAGGCGAAAAUCGAGGAUGAGGGCUUCCAGCAGUGUCUCUACGACUGCGAGGAGAGCUUCAUCGAUGCAUUCGAGCAGCUCGACGAGUCGACGGUGGCGAUGGACAAGAUGGCGUACGGGGACGUGGACUUGUGGGUGACGGUGGCCAAGACGGACGGCCAGUUGUGUGACGAAGGGUGCGAGCAUGUGUCGUCGGCCAUGAAGGCGCAGCUUCAUGCUAAGAGUUCGGAGUUCAGCAAACUCUGCAGCAUCGUUCUGAACAUGACCAGCGUCCUGGCCGCAAGUCAUUAGAACAAUGUUAAUUACCUGUUGUACUUUUAGGUUUCUUUUUCUUGCUAAGGCCCUAUCCGGAUUAUUUUAUGGUCCAUAAUUUGGAUCAUUGUUCGUGGUUUCA